AUGGUAGCGAAUUCCUUUUGUGUCCAGCGCGUUCUCAAUAGAUCCGCUGAAGGUUCGGGAAGUGUGGGUCUUGAAUCCGUCUCGGAUGCAGCGGCUCGGAAUGCUUACGGCUUUGGUUCUGGAGAACACGUGGGCUGGAAAGGUGUGUCAUAUGGUUACCAUGGUAAUAACGGUGACUUUGCAUUCAAUGAUGGCACCAAGCCGUACGGUGGAGAGUCGAGUGCUUUCGGUCCAUCGUGGGGACGAACUACAACUCGAUCGGACAAUCAAGACAAUGAUGGAUCACCAAUGCUGACAGUUGGUUGUGGUCUGGAUGCUGACACAUUCCAGAUUUUCUUCACUUUGAAUGGUGAGAUGAUUGGAUCGGCAUCGAAGACGGUGCUGCCUGGUGAUUACGCUGCUGCCGUAUCACUCCACGCUUUUGGCGACGAAGCUGUGAUAAAUGUUGGAUCGGCUCCGUUCCUCUUUGACAUCGAGGCUUUCUGUGCAAGUCCUUAG